AUGAUAUUAAAGGAGCAGUUUGUCUUGGAAACCACCAAGGCCACAAGCUUGGCGGCAGUGCGGAACUUAAAUCUCUGGAGUGAGGGACUCACCGAUGUGUCUAUUAUAUCAAAGAUUCCAGGCAUUGAAGUACUUUCUCUCUCAUCCAAUCAGGUUUCAACAAUGAGCCCAUUUGCAUCAUGUACCUCAUUGCGCGAGUUGUAUUUACGAAAGAACAAUAUUCAAUCUCUUUCAGAGGUUAAAUACAUUAAGGACCUUCCACAUCUCCAUACACUCUGGCUUUUAGAUAACCCUUGUGCGACGCAUCCAAACUAUCGGUAUUUUGUUAUUAACUGUUGCCCACAUCUACGGCAGCUUGAUAGUAUUGAGGUCACUAAAAAGGAGCGGGAAGAAGCCAUGGAGAAACUUCCUGAGAAGGUUAUGAAAGAAAUGCUCCAACAGGGAACUGCCCCUGCGGUAGAUGCGGCACCAGCCGCCGCAGCAGAAGGGAGUGGAAUGGUAGCAAAGCCCGUUUCCGCACCAGCCCCACCCCCACCACAACCACCGGCAGUAUCUGGGCCACCGGUAAAAGUGAUCUCCAGACCGGCAAUACCUCAACGUGUAGUAACUCCUCAAUCAGUCGAAAGACGUUCUAGUGGUCCUCCAAUUAGGCGCAAUAGCGAAGAAGAGAGGAAGGAAAAGGAAAAGGAAAAGAAGAAAAAGGAAAAAGAGAAGGAUCUUCGAGGUAAUGAAAGCAAGGAAGGUGAUGGGUCGAGAGGAGUCAGUCUCGAAGCUCUUUCAGAUGGUUCAUCGUACACAACAAUUCAAACACAACGUGCAAUUCUCACUGCCAUUGUAUCGUUGAUACCUGAACUCACAAUAGAUUCUCUCGGGGUAUUGCAAAAAGAAGUUGUGGAGGAGAUGGCGAGGAAGAAAAAAGCCAUGCGUCAAAUGUCUAGAUCAUCGUAA